AUGCGGUUCCGGACUCGGUGCUCUGUGAUCGUAUACCGGCGGGGGGCAUGGCGGCACUGGCCGUCUCCCUGGUGCUGUACCUGGCGGAGAGGGGGGCGGGUGAGUAUCUGACCCGGACACUUACUGUAAUACUGGCCGAGCAUCAUGGGUAAUGUAGUCCUUACUGGCUGAGCAUCAUGGGCAAUGCAGUCCUUACUGGCUGAGCACCAUGGGCAAUGUAGUCCUUACUGGCUGAGCAUCAUGGGUAAUGUAGUCCUUACUGGCUGAGCACCAUGGGCAAUGUAGUCCUUACUGGCUGAGCACCAUGGGCAAUGUAGUCCUUACUGGCUGAGCACCAUGGGUAAUGUAGUCCUUACUGGCUGAGCAUCAUGGGUAAUGUAGUCCUUACUGGCUGAGCACCAUGGGCAAUGUAGUCCUUACUGGCUGAGCACCAUGGGUAAUGUAGUCCUUACUGGCUGAGCACCAUGGGUAAUGUAGUCCUUACUGGCUGAGCAUCAUGGACAAUGCAGUCCUUACUGGCCGAGCACCAUGGGCAAUGUAGUCCUUACUGGCCGAGCAUCAUGGGCAAUGUAGUCCUUACUGGCUGAGCACCAUGGGCAAUGUAGUCCUUACUGGCUGAGCACCAUGGGUAAUGUAGUCCUUACUGGCUGAGCAUCAUGGGUAAUGUAGUCCUUACUGGCUGAGCAUCAUGGGCAAUGCAGUCCUUACUGGCUGAGCACCAUGGGCAAUGUAGUCCUUACUGGCUGAGCAUCAUGGGUAAUGUAGUCCUUACUGGCUGAGCACCAUGGGCAAUGUAGUCCUUACUGGCUGAGCACCAUAUAAGUACGUAGUCCUUACUGGCUGAGCACCAUGGUAAUGUAGUCCUUACUGGCUGAGCAUCAUGGGUAAUGUAGUCCUUACUGGCUGAGCACCAUGGGCAAUGUAGUUCCACUGGCUGAGCACCAUGGUAAUGUAGUCCCACUGGCUGAGCACCAUGGGUAAUGUGAACCUUUACUGGCUGAGCAUCAUGGACAAUGCAGUCCUUACUGGCCGAAAGCACCAUGGGCAAUGUAGUCCUUACUGGCCGGCAUCAUGGGCAAUGUGAACCUUACUGGCUGAGCACCAUGGCAAUGCAGUCCUUACUGGCUGAGCACCAUGGGCAAUGUAGUCCUUACUGGCUGAGCAUCAUGGGUAAUGUAGUCCUUACUGGCUGAGCACCAUGGGCAAUGUAGUCCUUACUGGCUGAGCACCAUGGGCAAUGUAGUCCUUACUGGCUGAGCACCAUGGGUAAUGUAGUCCUUACUGGCUGAGCAUCAUGGGUAAUGUAGUCCUUACUGGCUGAGCACCAUGGGUAAUGUAGUCCUUACUGGCUGAGCAUCAUGGGUAAUGUAGUCCUUACUGGCUGAGCACCAUGGGCAAUGUAGUCCUUACUGGCUGAGCAUCAUGGGCAAUGUAGUCCAUACUGGCUGAGCAUCAUGGGCAAUGUAGUCCUUACUGGCUGAGCAUCAUGGGUAAUGUAGUCCUUACUGGCUGAGCAUCAUGGGUAAUGCAGUCCUUACUGGCUGAGCAUCAUGGGCAAUGUAGUCCUUACUGGCUGAGCAUCAUGGGUAAUGUAGUCCUUACUGGCUGAGCAUCAUGGGUAAUGUAGUCCUUACUGGCUGAGCAUCAUGGGCAAUGCAGUCCUUACUGGCUGAGCAUCAUGGGCAAUGUAGUCCUUACUGGCUGAGCAUCAUGGGCAAUGUAGUCCUUACUGGCUGAGCAUCAUGGGUAAUGUAGUCCUUACUGGCUGAGCAUCAUGGGCAAUGCAGUCCUUACUGGCUGAGCACCAUGGGUAAUGUAGUCCUUACUGGCUGAGCAUCAUGGGUAAUGUAGUCCUUACUGGCUGAGCAUCAUGGGCAAUGUAGUCCUUACUGGCUGAGCAUCAUGGGCAAUGUAGUCCUUACUGGCUGAGCAUCAUGGGCAAAUGUAGUCCCACUUUCAUAUUGAGCAUCAUGGGCAAAUGGGUCCCAUACUGGCUGAGCACUGCCGGGUAAUGCAGUCCUUACUGGCUGAGCAUCAUGGGCAAUGCAGUCCUUACUGGCUGAGCAUCAUGGGUAAUGUAGUCCUUACUGGCUGAGCAUCAUGGGUAAUGUAGUCCUUACUGGCUGAGCAUCAUGGGCAAUGUAGUCCUUACUGGCUGAGCAUCAUGGGCAAUGUAGUCCUUACUGGCUGAGCACCAUGGGUAAUGUAGUCCUUACCGUCUGGCUGAGCAUCAUGGGCAAUGUAGUCCUUACCGUCUGGCUGAGCAUCAUGGGCAAUGUAGUCCUUACCGGCUGGCUGAGCAUCGUGGGCAAUGUAGUCCUUACCGGCAGGCUUUAGUCUGGGGGAUCCUGGCUGUUGUUUUGGGGUCUCAAGGAGGAGGUAAUCUGGGGGAUCCUGGCUGUUGUUUUAGGGUCUCAAGGAGGAGGUAAUAUGGGGGAUCCUGGCUGUUAUUUUGGGGUCUCAUGGAGGAGGUAUUUUGGGGGGUCCAGGCCAGGCACUCUGUAGGUGAGGUCCUGUAUAAAUAAUAGAGAAUUUUCUCACAGUAAUGGAUGGAGCUCUAUGAAGGUGUCACUAAACUGAAACUUUCUAAAAUGUGAGUAGUCACCAUGGAAACAGGUGGAAUGUAUCUGCGGUGCCAGUUCCACUUUUAGAACUUUUUAACCCACUUUUUCAGUUAUUCCCAACCAUGGAUUAUUUAUCCAAUUCUGUCAUUGCACUUGGCUGCACUGUAUAAUGAUGUCUUAAAGGACCAUCCUCAGGGACCCCCUCCCGCCCGGCUCUGGGGAGAGGAAGGGGUUAAGCUUUAUUCUUUCUCCAGCGUCGGGCGGGGGACUCUCCUCCUCCAUAGCGCCGUCAUCAGCUGAAUGCGCAUGCGCGGCAGGUGCCACGUACAUAUUCAGCCAGUCCAUAGGAAAGCAUUUAUAAUGCUUUCCUAUGGACGCUUGCGUCCUCUCACUGUGAUUUUCACAGUGAGAAGCACGCAAGCGCCUCUAGCGGCUGUCAAGAGACAGCCACUAGAGGCUGGAUUAACCAUAUUAUAAACAUAGCAGUUUCUCUGAAACUGCUAUGUUUAUUUAAAAAAAAAAAGGGUUAAUCCUAGAUGGGCCUGGCACCCAGACCACUUCAUUAAGCUGAAGUGGUCUGGGUGCCUAUAGUGGUCCUUUAAAUGGACACUAUAAGCACCGAGACCACUUCAUCUCAUUCAAGUGGUCUGGGUGUAGUAUGCCUGUCCUCUUAAACCUGCAAGGUUUACAUUAAAGGGUUAGGACUGCCUCUAGUCUACCAGACAGCCACUAGAGGCGCUUCCUGGAGUAUCACAAAGUUUGACGCAGUGAAACGAUGUUGGAUUUCCUCACGCUUUGCAUGAGAAAGUCAAUUGUGUUGAAUUCCCUCAUAGGAAAUCCUUGAAUCAAUGCUUUCCUAUGUGGAAGACCUAAUUUGCAAAGCGGCGCUCGCCGCACAUUAGGUUCCCCCGGAUUGCCAACAUCGGAAGAGGAUCCUGACCUACACAGAGGGACAUCGGCGUUGGAAUCAUGCAAGUGUUUAAAGGGUUUUGUAACCCUUUACUUGGCAGGGCUGGCCCAGGUAAUCGGUACAGAUACUAUAGCGUAAGGAAUGCACUUUUAACCCCUUAAGGACCAAACUUCUGGAAUAAAAGGGAAUCAUGUCAUGUGUCCUUAAGGGGUUACAUUCCUCUGGCUGUAGUGUUCCUUUUAUUGUGUUUUAUGUAUGCACAAGGUCAAAACUGAGGGGUUUUGGGGGGCGAGUGGGUUAUGGUAUUGGUGUAUAGCUAUUAUUCUUUAGUGACAGUUACCGGUAUUUGUUCCCUGUCCCCAGUAAAUGCUAUUAAAGAGUUUCCAUGUAGUGAGCAGUGCAGGAAUAACACUUUUUUUACCAUUGCUGCAGCCUAUUUUCAGAUUGAGUUCAUCACCCUAACUGGUUUGACACCUGCAGAGAAAUGCCAGUCAAAUACAUACAGGCAGGCCUUCCUUAUGUCUUUUCCUAUAACCCGUCAAAUUCCAGAGCAGGGCUGUUGGUAAAUAGGAAACGUAGAAACACUACAGCUGCAUCAUCAAUAAAUGUUAUGGAAAAGGACUUAUUUUGUUAUCGUUACGCAUGUUUUUUUUGCAUAAAAAUAAAAUAUGCGUCUAGAACAUGGAGUAUCUUUCUUUAUGGAUCUGUGUCCUCACUGAUACUUACAUUGUACUAUUGUCAACCUCUAUACCUGCUGUCCUGGAUGCUUAGAUUUCUUUGUAAAUACAUUUUUUUUUAACCCCUGUCAGAAAUGUAUUUGUUGCAUUCAUGAAGUAGACGGGGGCUGCUUAUUUUUUGUGUGAUUGGGUCAGACAGGCAUUUUGUUUUGUAGUUCUGGUGAGUAGAAUCAUUCCCUUCAGGCUUUUUGCAGUGAACAUGGUCUCUUCAGAGAAAAUGCAGUGUUUACAUUACAGCCUAGGAAUACUGCCAAUGGCUACUCCUCAGAUGGCUGCUAGAGGUGCUUACUGGGGAAGUGCUGCAGAGUGUGCAUCACUGUCAUUCAAUGUCUCCACCCUCUGCAUGGAGACUCUGAACUUUCAUCAUAGAGAUACAUUGAUUCAAUUCAUCUCUAUGAGAAGAUGCUGAUUGGCCAGGGCUGUGUUUGACUUGUGCUGGCUCUGUCCUUGAUCUGUCUUCUUAACAAGCUCAGCCAAUCCAAUGCUUUCCUAUGUGAAAGCAUUGUGAUUGGCUCAGAAUACCACUUUUGAUGAUGUCAGCCAAGCAGUCAAAUCAGGGUAUAGCCAGCAGCGGCAGACUGCAUUAAAGGUAAUAUUUUGCUAUAUGUACCGGGGGAGACAUGGGGUUGUGAGUUGGGUUUGCUCCAUAAGUCCAAACUUUCUGCCCCUUUCUCCCAUCCUGCUGUGUUUUUGUUUAAGAAAUACUGCUGCACUUGACAUAAUGCAAAAAUAUCAAGAUGUCCCCUUUUCCAGUUGUGUUUAUAAUCGUAGAAUGCCUCCUCUUUUUUAGGGUUUAUAGCGAGGUGUGAAAUGACCGUGCUGCUUUUGUUUUUCAGAGUGCGUUGUGAUCCUGCAUUAUUUCCUCUCUGACCAGCUCCUGUGGGCAGGAUGGACAUUGGCCCUGCUGCUUCCCGGAUGCUUCAUCCAAGUCCUCAGCUUUUUAUGGUACCGCUCAGACGGACAUUCACAGUGCCUUACCUUAAGCCUUGUCCAUUUUUUGCAGUUGGGAAUUCUGAAGCGGUAAGGUAUUAACUUACGUUGGCAUAGUUACACUGCUCCCAGAAUCUACAAUAAAACCCGUGCUUUUAUAUAAGGAAUAUGUAGACUGAAUUGGCAUUUAUCUGCUGAAAAACUACGCAAUGUACCAUUUCACUGCCAAAAACAGAAUGAUCUAAAACCUUCAACCAUUCAGUCUGUAUGAGAGUCAUUAAUUACUGAAACAAAUAAGUAUAUACUUAAUGUGGAAUGUAAAUAGGCCUUUAUAGUUAUCCACAAAGUAGUCUUUUUUAACCUAUUCACUGCCAGAUGCACAAUAUGACUUUUGUUGCUACUCCCCUUUUUUUCUCCCUAUCUUGUAAAUAAAAUGCCGUCUCUCUAAUCGACGACUCAUAGUGGCGCUAUGGAGGCUUUCUGUCCCAGGGAACUGCUGAUUGUGAUAUUCGGUCUGCUUUACAUAAAUAAACCUUUGGAGAGAGGUCACCAACACAGUUUCCCCACCAACAGGGUUUCACUUUCUCCACUGAUCUGAUGGCACAUCAGGAAAAUGGUCCCCCAUACCGUGCACAAAGGGUUAUUCAGCAGUUGCCUGUUAGAAAUAUGAUUCAGACUGUGAAUCAUAUUUCCUGUAAAGGGCAUAGGCCUCUUCUGCAAAACAUUUUCCAAACACUGUAAUUCGGUUUCCAGCUGCUGUGUCACAAGGAGCUUUGUGUUCUCCUAGGGAUUAAAAAAGUUUGCAAGGAUUUGUGAAUAGAAUUCAUUUUUGUGUUUCUGAUACAUUAUAGGGCCAUUAAUAAAUCUCCAUCAGACUAGUCUUGCAAUCUGCAUUGUACAAUCAUGUACGUGCUGGAGAUUCCUGACUGUGGCAGCCAAGUCAGACACAUUCCAGUUCUAAUGGCCAUAUGUUGGUUUUUAUUCCAGGGAUUGUGGUGGAAUCCUAGAACUAGGUUAGUGACAUUAUGUAUCUACCUUGGUGGCUACUGAGAACCACCAAUCUAAGCUGGCGAGUUUUAAUGCAUCAAUUCUUUAAAUGAUAUUAUUGAUUUUGCUGUCUUUUCCCACUGAUGGUUUUCAUUAACAAUCAGCUACCUGAUGUGCAUCGUGCGGGAAUGUCUGCGACCUUUCACCCUAUGGAAUGUAUCCGCAGUGACACAUUGCUUUAUUUACAUGCUCAUCCUGGCAUGUUACAGGGCACAGAAAGUGCUUCCAGAUGGGGAUUCAGAUUGGAUUUGCACAACUUUCUGUACUUCUCAAAUGGUUGCUUAUGAAGAAGCCCUCUAAUCCCAACCCCCUCUCCCUUAAAGAGACACUUGUAUCUGGAGUAGAACCUCUGAUUGUUAAUUAUUUAUUGUCACUUUGAUAAUGCCAACAUACUUUGAGGGGCGAGACUUAGCAAUGUGAAUGAACUAAAAAUAAAAAAAUCUAUACGUGAAUACUACCAGAGCAACGUAUUCAAGGGAUUUAUUUGUGAAUUAAAGAUAAAAUGCAAUCUGCUGUGGGUUGUUACUUCUCCUGGUCUUCCUGCCAUGUAGAUUACAAACACUAUUUAACCAUCAUUGUUAUUUGUUUGUCUUUGGGACCCCUGUUAAAGGGACACUCCAGGCACCCAGAUCACUUUUGCCCAUUGGAGUGGUCUGGGUGCCAACUCCCACUACCCUUAACCCUGCAACUGUAAUUAUUGCAGUUUUCAUAAACUGUAAUAAUUACCUUGCAGGGUAAAGUGCUCCCUUAGUGACUGUCUACUAGACAGCCACUAGAGGGCACUUCCGUGUCUACAGCACAGGUUUUCUGUGCUAUAGUGUCGCUGGACGUUUUCACGCUGUGUGAGGACCUCCAGCGUCGCUAAAAUCCCCAUAGGAAAGCAUUGAAAAGCAUUUUCAAUGCGUUCCUAUGGAGAGGUCUAAUGCGUAUGCACGGCAUUGCCGCGCAUGCGCAUUAGGUCUCCCCAGCCGGCGGGAUCAGUCUCCCCUGCCGGCUCACGUAAUGAAGGGGAGGAGCGGCAGCGGAGGAAGAAGCAGCGACGUGGGACAUGUCGCUGCCUCUCGUAAGUGACUGAAGGGGUUUUCACCCCUUCAGCGACCGGGGAUGGGAGGGAGAGGGGACCUGCAGUCCGUUUUCCUGGCACUGGAGAGUCCCUUUAAGUGUUUUUAUAUUUUAUUGCAGCAGUGUUUUUUUUUUUUGUUUGUUUGUUUUUUUAAUUUUAUUCAGAAUGUCCUUGCAUUCCUCAUAGUUGUCUAAUUGAUAUCCAAGAAUUUGCCUUCAAAUGAACAAUUUCCAGAGUGUUUAGGUUUUCAUUUUAGCGGGUAGAAAUUAGAAUAUUUUCUGAAGUUACAUUGGACAGAACGGUUUGUGGUCAUGCCUGCUAGUUGAAGAUAAUUUCUACAACGUAACCCUCAGUAGGAAUAGACCGUGGCAGCAUGGUGGUUUUAUUUUAGGAUACUUUAUUGACACUAUGCAUUUGACGUGUGUCCGGUGUCUUGCUGAGCAUGGUAGAUAAACUUUAGCUUUCUGCUUGCGAAGUCAUUGAUGUCUGCAAGUGACUGGAGCUAUUCCUAGAUUUCUGUAUGUGUUUUAUUGUUAACGUUCACACCUGUUGGUUUUAUUUAUACUGUCCUGUGCUACCAUAUUGCCUUUCUAGAUUAAAAAAAAAAAAAAAGUUUACUAAAUAAUACAUUUUAAAUUCAGUGUAACAAAUGAUAAAUUCUGUAAUAUUGCAUGGGGUUUGGUGCCUCGGAAAUGGCUUAUUUCUGUAUAUAUAGAUAUACUUUUGAAUGUGGUCAGUAUGGUGUAUAUCACAUUUGCCUUUGUCAUUUGUCUUCUAAUAAGUGAUCUUUUUACUAUUCUGGCAAUAUAAUAGGAUUUUGUUAAGGGUUGAUUUUAAGGAAAAGCGGUUGGUUGAUCUUCUGAAAAACAUUCAUAAAUAAUUUAGUAACAGUUUGUGCUCCUUUGCUGGGUUCAGUACUCCCGUCUCCUUGCAUGCACACAUACGGCUUGCUGAAAAUAGUUUUAAAGUGCACAAGGGUACAUUUCAGACAGGACCUUUUUCUUUUUAUUUUCCUAGUUCUAUAAAUAUUGCCUUUUUAAAAAUGCUGUGAAAACAUCCAAUCCAAAAAGGGGAAAAAUUAAAUAUAUAAAAAAUUAAACAAACAUGCAAGUGACGUUGCUGCAUUUGUAAUUUCUUCAAAGACUUCAGAAUUCUUGCAGUGAGUUCUGCCUAGAUCAGGAAGUGAUCAUCCAAUUCAAAUGCAUCAAUACCUUUCUAUGGCAAUUGCUGACCACUGCAGAAUUUCUGGACCUUACCAGCAGUAUAUUUAUGAAAACGUAUUUCAUGGGCUCACCUCACAACCCACGGAAACAUUUGCGGGUAUUCCGGGUGACGUGUACAUCCGUGUUACUGGAGCAAACGCUUAGGAGGCAGGGGCAGAGAGGACCAGUUCAUGGAGCAAAACUAGUUUUAUAAAAAACAACUUAAUAGCAUAAUUAUGUGUAACAUUGCACCUAGUCCUAGUAUGCAUGGUUUGGUCCUUUAGCUCCUGCAAACAGAGGGGGCGAAUCGGGCAUAAAUGCAGUAAUAUGCUUAGAGGUACUGUCUUAUGCUUCAUUUUAGCACAGCGUAAUGGCUAACUAAACCGUUCCACUUUAAUAUCUGGGAGUGCUGUAUGUGUGUGAGCUGACACAUGCACUGCAGUGCAGCAACAAGAGUUAGCACUAUGUAGGCCAAAAAGCUACAAAAUGCAUGAAUGCUAUAUUGGUGCUCAGUGUCAAUUUUGAAUCUGAAUUUGUAUUUAUUUGAACUUAUCAAUUGUCACCAAUUUUGACCAAUAACCAUUCUUAUGCUCUUCUACUCCAUCGAGGGCACCCCAAUAUAAUAAAGAUAACACGGUGGGCCACAUUCAUGUGUUCUUAAGCUUAUUCUAUAUAAUUAACAAUAAAAAUAGUGUGUAUAAUAGGUUAAAACACAAUAAACAGCAGAGUGCUACAAUCACCUGUGUGGGUCACUCCACCACACAUAAAUAAGUGAAUAAAAUAGUAGAAAUGGUGAGAGUACACAAAAUAAAAUAACACAUUUGUUACCCCUAUGUUCAAUUAAAAUCCUGUAAAAGACAAAAUCAGGAGAAGAAACAUAGGGUAAUAACGUACCGAUAAUUGAUAUAUUAUUUAAUAAAUGUACAAACUCACAUAUUUCUGAGCCACUUAAAAUAAAAGCUGGCUCAGACUAAGAACGUUGAACAGAUGGUAUAGUGGUAGCUGAAGUUAAAUGCCAACUGCUUACUUGUCCCUUCUUUCAAGAAACCCAGGAUGCAGGAUCUUCAUUUAAAAAAGGUUUAUUUUCCAAAGUAAAAACAGCAGCAAGAAUAAAAAUCAGCAAAUUACACUGUCCACACACUGACGCGUUUCAGCUGAAGCUUUUAUCAAAGUGUAACUCCAUUCAGUCCGUUCGUAGUUUAAAUAGGAGCCUUUUCGCGCCCUUUUCCCAAUCGGCAAUAAGAUCCUCCCCUUCAAAUUAGACGCAUCCGACAACCGGGCAUCCUUGCGUCCGUGGUUACCUUCUUUUACUUCUGCAUUCGUCAUGAUGACGGGGGGGAGGGUGGAUCUGUUCGCUUCUGCCGAUUAGACUUUGAUGUUGCAGAGAGAAUUCUCUGCUACAAAGUGCAACAUACAUAUUAUCAUGUUCUAUUAAUUAGAGACAAUAUUACAACUAAUUAAAUAUUUUGAUACAUUAAAAACCGAAGAUUCUCCUUCCUAAAAGAACACACACGAAAAUUAGUGGGAGAAAAAAAGAAUAAAAAACGUAUUGAUCCAUUUAAAAACAAAGUAAUACAGGAGGAAUAAAGACAAGUAUAAAACAGCAGGCAAACAUCAUGCACAAUACUUCAUUUUAAAUAUUUUCUACACAUAUUGAUAUAUAACACAUCUAUAUAUGCAUAAAAAUGAUAGAAAAAAGGUGAGUAUUUCCUAAAAGUCUAUAUUAUUACUGAUAAUAUAAAAAUGUAUGCCUAGGGUAAAAUUAAAUACAUUUAUUAUAAAUUCUUCAAUAAAUAAGAAUAUAACAUUUUAAAGAAUUAUAUUAUAAAAUAUUAUGUAAAAAAAAAAAACAUAAAAAAUUCCUUAAAAUGAAAUAUAGGUAUUUAUCUCAAAAUCCGCAUUCAGCCCCCUCGGUGUAAGUGUGUCCAAGUUAAAAAUCCAUCUCAUUUCGGUCUUGCUUAGGAGACUAUCUUUGUCUCCACCUCUCCAAUGAAUUUUUAAAGGAUCUAUUGCAAAAACCUCCAAGCAACUAGCAUCUCCAUUAUGAUGCUCCAUGAAAUGCUUGGACACACAGUGAUUGGGGAAUUUCCUUUGGAUGUUGUAUAUAUGCUCCCUAAUCCUUGUCUUAAUGGGCGUGAUGUCUUCCCUACAUAUUGUAGUCCACAAAGACAGGUUAGCAUAUACACAACAUCCACUGUAUUGCAAGUGAUAAAAUACUUUAUUUCAUAUUCUUUUUUAGUAUUAAAAGAAAUAAAUUUAAAAAUUCUCCUCUUAUUCCCAGUUCUUAUCUUGCACCCUCUCCAAUUCCGACAAUAGAAGAAUCCUUUUUGUUCUCUUAAAAAAAUUCUUAGGGCAUUCUGUUUUUUCUUUAUCUAAGAAACUAUUAGUUAGAAUUUGUUUAAAAUUCCUAGCUCCUCUGAUAAGCUAAGUCUUUGGUUGAUCCCCUAUUAAUGGACGUAUUGCAUCAUCUAUACUUAAAACAUGCCAAUUUUUCUUAAUAAUUCUGCGAAGAUUAUGAUUGUUAGAAUUAAAAUCAAAAAUUAAAGGGAUAGUUUUUGAUGUUUCUUCAUUGAUUGAUUUUUUUUUUUUUUUUUAUCUUUAUAUUUCAAUAUUUCUAACCUAUUUUUCUCCUUCACUUGUUCAUAGGCUUUCUCUAAAAAUCUUUUAUCAUACCCUUUUUCUAAAAAUAGUUUUUCUAAAAUUUUAGCUUGAUUAUCAAAAAAAGUAUAGUCAGCCAGUGUUAAUAUUGCCCUCUAGGGACACCUCCAGUAGCCACUCCUCAGAUGGCUACUGGAGGUGCUUCCUGGGUCGGUGCUGAUAGGCCAUACCUGCGUUUGACCUCGUCCUGCUUCCUUGCCGAUAUCAGCCAAUCCAAUGCUUUCCUUAUGAGAAAGGAUUGGAUUGGCUAAAAUCCUCAGUUCUGAUCAUGACAGCCAAUGAGUCGGGGUGGGGCCAUCGCUGGCAGACCCGUGUGGUGCUAGAAAAAAGGUAACGUUUAUUGCCUUGAAAGGGGGGCAAGCCACGUAAAUGAUGAUUUUAACACUAUAGGGUCUGGAAUACAUGUUUGUGUUCCUAUAACUCUUGCAUAGCUGAAGAUUAAAUUUUGCAUCUAGAACGUAUAAACACGACUUGCGCCACAUAUAUCUAUGAGUGGAUGCAGUCAAGCAUUGAGGGAGGUAUUCUGUGACUGCAAAAUCUAUGCAAAGUACUGAGUAUAUUCUCUUUAUGCAGACAUGUGGACUGUUUUCGAUCCACGUCUCAAUGUCAGGGAGACAAUGCAGAGUUGGAAAAGUCCUUAAUGAAGGAAGGAGAUUUGUGUGUGCUCAGACUCCUGGAAGCACUCGUUCAGGCCCUGCCUCACUCCCUGUUACAAGUCUAUAUCUACCUAACCUUGGAACACACUGAUGCUUAUGCAGGUAAGGUCUAUAGGGGGACUGUCACUGUACACGGUAACUGCUGUAAAACUCCAGAUAGUUCCUCAUUUUCUGAAUAUGUUUAUACAAAUCUAAUGUGUCCUUUCAUACGUUAUAUCUGGAAAUGUCCAAAGACCACUGAUGCUACCAUUGUCUAUGUACAGUUAGCCAAAAAAACUUUAUGAUCUGCUAGAUAUUGCACAGAAAGAACACUGUGUUAUGUCUGUCUUUUGGGGAUGACUAAGAUGACCUUAUGCCAGUACACUUUGGGUGUGGGUAUGUUUUUUUUUUGUUGUUUUUUUUAAUGUAUUUUAAUUUAUUUUUGUUCUUGAAUCAGAGUCAGUGUAUUCUAGUUGUCAAGCAAACAAUAGACUUAAUUAAAGCUGGCAGUACUACAUGUCUGUCUCCCGAAGUCAGAAAUUAUAGGUGACAAGAUGGAAAUUCGUUGGUGGUUGUUAGAACCUUAUCACUUUUACUUAGGAAAUCAGUUGCCCUACAGCAGAGCAUACAUCAGUCAUUAAGAGGUGGACAAACUGUGAUUCCUAGCUACAAGUAGGACUUCAUUUAAAGGAACCUUUCACAUCCCAGAGGAUUAUACAAUUGUUCAGCAUCACAAAGUGGAUUGCUAUACUACAAAACACAUGAUCAGAGUUAUACGCCAUUGUAAAUGGUAUUACUGCUUAGUACUUGAGCUGCUGUUUUUAUAACUGUCGUUUUCUGCAUGUUUUGGAGGGUUGGCUUCUGCUAAAGUAUGUCUGAUUGUGCUGCCUUCUCUUCUAGUCACCAGUGCUCUGGCGUCCCUCCUGUCUCUGUCUUGGGCUCUGGUAUCCUAUAGCCGCUUCCUGUGCCUCGUAAAGCCAGGUCACCUCUCCAUGCCUUGGGCUUCCUUGCUCUGUCAUCUGCUCUGGAGGAUGGGUAUGGUUGGCACAAGAGUGAUGGCUCUCGCAGUGUUUUCCAGAGUUUAUCAGUUCUGGGUAUUUGCCGUGGCAGGUGAGAAUUCUUCUCUUUUCUUUAGUGACCUGUGCUUCAUGUGUUUCCUAAUAUGAAAUUGAGAAAAGUCAGUGCAUUACAUUUAGUUUUCCUUUCUUUCUUUGCUAUUGAUAAAACCAUAACGGCCAGUGUUGUAUCUUGGAUUUGUGCUUCCCUAGGCACGACUAAAUUCAGGCCAUGUAAUAUAAUGGGAUCAUAGCAGGGCGCGCGAGGGAACAGGAAGAGCUCAGAGGACUGUGCUCACUCGCCGCCGUUUACUCUGUGAGCCAGCCAACCACCUCUUGCUCACACCCAGAAUGUGAGGCUAACAAGGUACUUGCCUGGGCACUUAGAGCGGGGUAUUUUGCCGCCGCCUUAGUCAAAUGCCUUGUUUGCCUUGUGGCAAAUACAGCCCUGAUAAAGACUGCAUCUAUGAGUGUGUCUAUGUCUGAGAGUCUAACAUACACCUAAGAGAUGUUGGCAUACAUGCCCAUUUCUGGACACCAUUCUGCAUGUGGAGGAAUUGAACUGACUUUUGCCAGAACAGUGUGUAUUUUUUGAUUAUAAUCAUGUGAAAGUGAACAUGUCAUCAGCACAAUCUUUGGAUUAUAGGUUAAAGUAACACUAUAGUCUUCUUUCACCAACACUGAUGAUCUCAGCCAAUGCAAUGCCUUUCCAUAGGAAAACAUUGAGAACUUAUUGUUCAUGCAUGGCAAUCGCAACGCUGCACCAAUCAGCAUUUACUCCUAGAGAUGCAUCUUUGUUGGGAGCAUGGAGAUGCGGUACAUCACUCCUGCAGUCUUUUUGUCAGAAAAGGCAGUGUUUACGUUGUUGUGCUUCUGGUGCCUGUAGUGCCCCUUUAUUUGUAAGUUACUCAUAACCACACAUUUACUAACAAUUCUAGGUGAAAUUGCAUUUAUCACAUGUCCACUUUAGUACAUAGACCUGUUUGAAGUUUAACCUGUAUCCCUUCUCUCUCCUUUUUUUUGUUAGGGGCUCAUUGGCUGGUAAUGUCUUUCUGGCUUGUCGCUCAGCAGACAGAUGUUAUCUCGAAUCCAUGCCGUUGGAGGUUGUUUAACGUCUUCAUGGGAGCCGUCUAUGUUUUCUGCUUCAUUAAUAUUAAAGACGGGCGUUCACGUUAUCGUGUGUCCAUAUACUAUGCGGUAAGUACAUUCACUGUGGCAAAUGCCUUGCACUAAUUGUAUGCUCAAGUUAUAAUGUAUUCCCUACAUCUGUUGAUGCUCUGUAACUCUGACUGCAAGUAAUCAGUCCCUCCUGUUAUCGAUAGAUUAUGCUGGUGGAAAACUGCGUUCUCUUGCUGCUAGCUACAGAUUUCCUGCAGGAGGCGCUGGGGAGCAUUGUUAAGCUAACUGUGACUGUAAUGUCUGGAUUCUUUAUUGGUGAGUGAUCUAUGAAUUGGCAGAGUUUAUGUAAAUGCCAAGGUAUAGAAGGAUUGUGUACAAUAAAAUAAAUGUUUUAAAACCUUUUUUUGUUCUAAAAUGCACCUGGUUAAUCUCAUGAACUGCAGUGUAUACAACAUUUUGUUUAAAAAAAAAAAAAAAUUCCAUAAACUAAAUGGCUAUCUCUGCUUUUUAUUUUUAUUUUUUAACCUUGCUUGGCAGCUACAAAUGCUUUCUCCCAUAACCGCUUUGAAAAUUUUUGUAAGCCGCACGCAGUCAUUUAGGAGCUAUUAUACUUCCUAAAUAUGUGUGUUUAUUUUUUAUUUGUUCAGUUUGUCUUUUGGCUUAAAUCUUAAGAAUGGGACUUAAGCUUCUAGGGUCCAUUUCAUUAUCUCAGAUUGUAUAACAAGAUCUGCUAUUCGAGCACAGAGUAUGUGUAUGUACAAAAUUGGCGUUGCCCAAAACAAAAACAAAAAAACAGUAAAAUAGCAAGCUCUUAUAGGACACAUGUCAUGCCUGAAUCAUUUUGCUAACAAAUGUAUAGAUUAGGAGGAAAAACAUAUUUAAAAAUAGUUUUUUGUUUUUUUCUUCUUAGCUGUCAGUCAAUGCUUAAGCGUGCCAAGACAUUGGCUGACAAGGGAAAUGAGUAAAGACCUCCCACUAGAGGUCCCUUUGCUCUCCACCCAUAGCAACCACAGCGCAUACUCAAAGCGUUUAUAUGCGCGAGACAAGGGCUUUUUCUUCCCCUUUUUCCAAUGUCUGCUUCUUGAGUAGCAAACAAUGCAGUAAAUUUUAUAACAACAUAUUUAACAUGUACUGUUUGUGUAUUACUGUAAUUAUUUUUUUAUUUUCUUUGUCCUACAGGGUGUGCUGCUUUAAUUGUCUUCUACACACUCCUACACCCCAAAUCCACAGAAAUUUCUCAAAGUUUUAGUAAAAUGGCACAUGUGUCAAGAAGGGCUAGGGAAACGAGUGAUGAACCUGCUCUCUCCUCCUCUGUGUACUGGAACAGUGCUUCUGUGAGAGAGACCGGCAAAGCAUUUGGAAAUAAAGAACUUCAGAAAGUGCAUAUGGCGGCUGAAAACCAAGAAUCGGAGGCAAAAAAUAAAGAACUGGCUAUUUGGAUGGAAUUCCCCAAUGAUCACCAUCACUGGAUGUUCUUAAAAUUGGCUAUGAAAACUGGGAAUAUGUCAAAAAUCAGUGCUGCUUUUCUUGGAAUGUUUGCCGCUACUGAAUGUCAGCCUUCUUUGCUACAUGUUGAUGGAAAGCUACAGCCUCCAACUUUUGGCACCUUGGAGUGCUUGGGGAAAAUGCAAACUGAGAAAUAUGUGGGUUCGGAAGGUAGUCCACAAGAACAAUCUGACUAUGUCACUCUGGAAAACAUUAGAAAUGAGGAUAUGCCUGAAACAAGGGCUGCUAACGGAAUUCCGUGUGAAGGUGGUGUUGGCGUAGCUGAUGGUGGGUUGGUCUUUGGAGCUCAAGAAGAGGUGGAUGCUGCCAGUUCACCCAGCAGUAGAAGCGGUGUGCGGGAUAGUGCAACUCUGUACUUCAGUGCAAACAUGGAAGGGAUUGCACAUACCACAAAGGACUCUGAACCUGUUCCACACUUGCCAGAUCCUGGUUUAAAACUCCACACAGACAUUAAAGGAGACUGUGGACAGGGCACUGCUCAAAAAGAAGAACUUCCAGUUAUUUGUGUCAGCCCUAUUCUAAGCCUUGCUGCCAACAGCAACUUUCAGAGAAGUAUUGUCUUGGAUGUAGACAGCCUGGGCGAUGAGUCAGUUCUGUCUGAAGAUGACUCCGAAACUAUGGAGAACCUGUUAGGGAAAGGAGGCUUCCAUUUGUUAACCACUAGGGGCUUGCCACCUUCUGUGAGAGGACGGCUCAUUCAGGAGGAGAAACCAUGCUUCACGUCGACUCCUAAAGCUCAGUCCACAGGCCUAGAUAUAGUGCUACAUGCUGACUCAAAAGCCAGGCGGAAACUUGCCCAGCUGACUGAGAAACCAUAGGUUAAGACGUUAGUUGACUGUCGUGGUUUACAGGAGAAAUCGCAUUAGAAUGGUCCAGUAUACGUUUCCUGUUAGAUUAUUUGUAUAUCUCGAUCACUGUAAAGCAUUGGUGACCAAAAGAUGGAAUCCCCAGCUGUUACAGAACUACAGCUCCCAUGAUGCUGUGCCAGGUUUAAAUCUGCCAUACUAUCAUGAAAUGUUAGUUUUGCAGAAACUAGGGAUUUUCUUUUUCUGCCAUUCGUGUUGUAAACGAAUAGACAAUCCUACAGUAGUUGUAGGUUUUUGGAACAGGAAACUUUUUUUUAAAUCCAGAACUAAUUUGUCUUACUUCUGCAACCUAUGGGUUAGGGACCUUUUGCUAUCGCUUCUUAAAAUAUUUUUUUUAUGUUGCUGUAUUCUUAAAGUAAUAUUAUACAAAUUUAUAUUGUAAUCUGAAAUAAUGCCUAUUAUAUUAGAAGACCGAAUGUACGAUACAUAACCAGUUGGUAGUAAAAUCUCCAAGUAAAAUGUCCGUAGACGAAUAUAUUUAGGAUUUUAAAACUGCUCAAUAUCUAAAGCUUUUAAUAGACUAUCUAUCGUAAUGUUAUAUUGACUGUUUCGGACGGUGUGUAUUUAAAAGUCGCACAGACAGAGCAGUCACGGCUGGUUCUUGGCUGCCUUAGUUCUUCUCCUACACCAUGUUUGCACUCUGUGCUCCUUUAAUUCAUGAUUUAAAAAAAAAUUAUUAUCCAACUUAUAAAAGGUUUUGUUUUUUGCAAUUAUUUGCAACCCAUUUAAACAAGUCUUAGACAACGCAGAAUAUUCUUUAUAAUUGCAAACUUCGUAAAGUGGUUUUGUCACCUCCCCCACUCCAAACUGAAUAUCACAUAAAGAAUAAAUCUUUAUGAAAUGCUCACAUUGGCUGUAUUGGAAUUUCAUUGAUAUUCCAACACAAUCAAAAUAUACACUAAGACAAAGUAGGGGUUACUUUGUCUCUUAGUAUUUUUCCUCCAUUUGACAAAAGGCAGAGUCAAGCUUUGUCUCUAGUGAUUGCUGAGAGGACAAGCCUUGGUCUAUGGAGGAAUCGACUAUCUCGCUGGGUCCUCUUCCCUGCGUGCCUGGGCUGCUGGAUACCCAGCGGCAAUGUCUUAGUCGCAGGUCUUUGCAAGUUAAGCAGAAACUGUGACAGUCGCUGUAAUAUGCUCAAUUCAGGUUUCCUAUGUAACAUAUUAAAGGGUUUGGCUGUGGUAAGUGUACAUGGAGAAUGCAUGUAUGUGUACCCCUUACAGUUUGCACUUUAUUGUCCGUUCGGUGUUUGGUUGCAAAAUAACCACAAAGUGCAGCAAGUUUACAAAUUAAUUUAGAAAAUCUUACCUGCUGCUCUUACCAGAUUAUGACCUACCCCUCAAUAACUAGUUGACACAUUUUUUUUUCUUUUUAUCUCUUAAAAAAUAUUACAUUAAGUUUGUUGAAUGCUAUUGUCCUAAAAAUUUCAAUUAAUACAAAUAUUAAUUUUUUUUUUGGUAGUAUUAUGGUCUUCAUUUAAAGUUUUGUGUGUAGGCAUUGGCCUGGUUGCUUCAUAGUGUUUUGGGCAUAAUACAAUGUGUUUAUACAGGAGAAUUGGAGAUCGACUAUUCCUCAAUAUCAAAAGUAAUGUCCUACUUUUUCCCUGAACUGCCUUUUAACAUGCAAGGGAAAUGGUCUCCUUGUACAUCCCAAACCCUGUUAGAAAUUUUGAAGUGGAUCUCCUAUCCUUAAACAUGUGUAAGUAAUAAAUUAGUACGUAUUAGUUUGUGUAGCAAACUUGACACCAAUGUCCCUUGAUCAAGAACGGUACAUGUCUCAGGUGUUUUACAUUAGUUUUAUAAUAAUUAUAUUUAUUUAUAAAGUGAGAACAUGGUGUGAACUUUUACCCUUCACAGCUGGGAAAAGACAGCAGAAAUAUCUACUACUUCCGAACAUUUUAAUUUACAGAGAGUACUUCUCACUUACUCAAUGGCACUGUCAUCCACUCCCUUAACACUGUCUGGUCUCCUCCAGCUUUUAAGAGCCAUUUAGUUUAAAAGUUAAAAAUAAAGGUGUGACAAUGCCCACUUUCUGAAGCAGCUGGUGGAAGGUUUUUUUUCUCUUUAAUUUUAUCACAUUAAUCUAAACCACCAGGGCAGAGAGAUGAGUCUCACAGAGUCCCAACCAAGUUUAAAUAUAGCCUGUGUUCUGCUUCUCCCAGCUAGCAAAUGACCAUUUUUCCCGUGGCUAUAGGUACUUUAGUAAAGUAUAAAAAAGUAAAAUGAAAUGAAUUGAUACAUAUAUCUUUGUUUAUACAUAAUCUAAUAUUAUGAUUCUUGGUGAAGUAAUCCAUAGGUAGUGGAGUGUCCGCGGUGUGAGAGACGCCCGGAAUACUGAGCUCCUUCGUGUAUUACACACAAAACCCUGAUUUAAUGACCAUCUUGUCAACAAUGUUUUCUGGGAGAAAGUAGUUUGUCUUUAAAGAGCCUCAGUAUUGGUUUACGGCUUCUUUUUGCUGUUGUUUUGCCUUGUUUAUAAGUUUAUUGCCCAGUCGGUAGAUAGAGCUGUAUUAUGAAGGUUUGUUUUUGCUUGUGUGUGUCUGUGUUUGUGUUAAAUUCAGUUUAUUUUGUAGCAUAAAAUAUUGCAUGCACUAUAAUCUAAUAUGCUAUUUAUUAACAGUUGUGUCCUAUUUUCUUUUUAAUUUUAAUUUUUUUUAUUUUAACAUAUAUGCUGCUGUUCUUUUUAAUGUUGUCAUCUAACCGUUACAGGUUUAGCAUACAGUUUCACAGCUGGGAAAGUGGCCUUAAAGCAGACUCCUUGUCUAUUGUUUGGUUAACAAGGUCAACUCCAGCAUGAUAUGUUGUGAUUAAAAACUGUUGCAAAUGUAUAGAUUAAAUGUUUCUCACACAGAAUGUCUACAGUGCUGAAUGUGGCGCCUUGUCCAUUGCACUCCCACUACAACAAGCACAUUUGCGUGUUACAAACUUGUAUCUCUAUUCUAUGCCAAUGAUGAGAAAAGGUUGCAAUCUCAAUAAAUAUCCAUAUAUUUGCUAGCAGUUUGGCUCAUUUUUUGUUACAGAUUUUAUAUUGUACUUUAGCUUCCUUACGUAGUGACCAUGUCAUGCGUGACAAGUUCAAUAGCACAGGGAUGUUUAGUAAAUAUGUCUUAAAGCUUAGCACCUUUUUAUUCUUUAUGGAGCUUAAUAUAUAGAUUUAUUUUUUUCAGCCCAUAUUUUUGAAUUGUUUGAUCUCAUAUAUCACCAAUUGUUAAUCUGUAAUGCCUUCUAAAUCAGGUACAUAAAAAUGUUUUAAUACGAAGUUCUGUAUUUGUAUGUGUACCAAGCAAUGUAUAAUUUUUACCUACAUUUGUAACAUUUCAAGUAAAUAAAC